AUGAAUCGUAAUCAUGGCUCUGAAAGAAAACAGUUAGCGACAACCGUCGACUCCGCAUUUAGUAAGGCCUCUGGAGCAAAGGAAAACAAGCAGCAGUUCCUGACCCAGCCUCACACCAAGCUUCUGAGUUCCACCAUUGAUGGUGACCUUUGUGGAGUCAAACUCAUCCUGCUCGAGGCCCAGGCAGUCAUCAACACCAGAGGUCUGAACAGGAGGACCCCGGUGAUGUUUGCAGCAGGGAAAGCACACAAAGACAUGUUUGACUUACUUGUUAGGGAAGGAGCGGAUCUAUCUCUGCUGGAUAAGGACAGAAAAACGGUUCUACACAUUGCCUGUGAAGGAGGAAACAUAGGUAUAGUGAACUAUAUCCUCACAAAGGACAUUGUGGGCAUCGACAACAGAGACAACUUGAGGCAGUCAACAGUUAUGAAAGCAGCUCUCAACGGCAACAAAGAUGUGUUUGAGAUACUUGUGGGGAAAGGAACUGAUCUGUCAUUUGUGGAUUCUAACGGUGGCACAAUAUUGCAUCUAGCCUGUUCAGGAGGAAGUAUUGAGAUAGUUAAUCAUGUCUUAACAGAUACGCAUUUGGACAUAAACAGUAGAGACGAGGAAGACUGCACACCGAUGCUGAAUGCGGCAAAGAAGGGACACAAGCAUGUCUUUGAUCUACUGGUGAGCAAAGGAGCUGAUAUGGCCCUUCGGGAUCGUGCCAGUAACACCGUUCUUCAUGCAGCCUGUGAAGGAGGUAAUAUUGAAAUAGUUCAGUAUAUUCUUAGGCAGAAUGUUACAUCCAUUAACGCCAGACGCUGGGAAGGGGUAACACCAGUGUUAGUAGCUGCAGAUAAUGGACAUGAGGAAGUGUUUGACCUGCUUGUUGUGGAAGGUGCUGACCUUCUUAUAGUAACUGAUUUUAGGGACAACAUCCUACAUGAGGCUUGUAAAGGAGGAAACAUGAAGCUGGUGACGUAUGUCCUCAAUCAGAACAUUGUGGACAUCAACAGUAGAGGAAAAGAUAGAAUGACACCAGCAAUGAUAACAGCCUCCAUGGGACACAAAGAUAUAUUCGACUUACUGCAGGAGGAAAGAGCUGAUCUGACACAAGUGGAUGAAGAUGGCAACAACAUUCUCCACAAGGCCUGUGAAGGAGGUAAUAUUGAGCUUGUAAGCUAUGUUCUAACAAAGAACAUUGUGGACAUCAAUAGUAAGAACAUGCUUGGGACGACGUCAGCAAUGGAAGCAGCCGUCGGUGGCCACAAAGAGGUGUUACAUCUGCUCAUGAGUACAGGAGCUGAUCUGACCCCCGUUGAUGAUGAAGGUUCAGACAUUCUUCAUAUUGCAUUUUCGUCCACAGACAGGGAGACUGUCAAAUUUAUCCUUACACAUAGCAUUGUCAACAUCAACGGUAGUGACAACGGAGGAAUGACACCAGCAUUACUGUCAGCAGAGAUGGGGUACAGAGAUGUAUUCAAUUUAGUUGUGAGAAAAGGAGCUGAUCUGUCAAGUGUAGACGUUGACGGUGGCAACAUUAUUCAGAAGGCCUGUGUUGGAGGAAAUCUGGACAUUGUGAAGUACCUCCUAACGCUGAACAGCAUUGUACAACACAUCAACAGGAGAGGAGAGAGUGGCUGGACACCAGUGAUGUUUGCGGCAAGUUUGGGGUACAAAGAUGUGUUUGAUUUACUAGUGAAGAAAGGUGCUGAUUUGACUCUAAGAAAUAAAGAUCGCGACACUAUCCUUCAUUUGGCAUGUAGAGUUAACAUACAAAUAGUGAGGUACCUGGUUUCCCGCAACAUUGUGGAUAUCAACGUAAGAGAAGGUGUGGGAAGAACCCCAGCUUUUGUUGCUGCGGGAUUGGGGAAUAUACGUAUAUUUGAGGAACUUGUGAAGAAAGGAGCUGAUCCGACAGUGACGGAUAUAUAUGGGAGCACCAUCCUUCAACAUGCAACUUUGGGAAACAGGGUGGAAAUGGUGAAAUACAUCAUUUCACAUGCGAUUGUAGAUAUUACCUUAAAAACCAAACAGGGGUUAACUGCUGCUCUGAUAGCAAAGCAACACGGGUUCACUGCAGUGUAUAAUGUGUUUCUGUCACAUGCCUCUCUUUAA